GCUAGCCAGUUAGCUAUAACGUUACAGACAAUCAGGUCACGUAACGUUAGCCAGCUAACUCGGUUAGCCUGCUAGCAAACGAUAAAUAAAUGGCAUGAUCUUUAAAUGCAAUAUUAUUUCACAUUUUAAACAAUUGAGUACUGUGCGUUUUAACAAAACGACAUUAUGAGACGGGAUAUUAUUGGUUAUAACACCAAUAUACUAACCUCUUUAGACAUAUUUUAACGUUUCCGACGACGUCAGACGCAGAGAAUACAAGGUCGCGCCUGGAGUAUAGGCUCUAGAAACGCAGCAUAUAAUGUGCCUUUAGCCCCACCCCUUCGGUUCAUCAAUUGGCCAUUUGUUCCCGCUAAGCAUUUUAUCCCACAAACGGAUUGCACAAACGGCUGUCCGUCACAAACUGUCGAACAUAAACCCAAAACCAGUUUUGGGAUCGUUUCCAUUAUUUAUUUACUCUUUUUUAUUUUUUUAUUUUUUUGUCGUAAACGCUGGACUCGGAACGUUGGAACUCGGAAGCCAAUAAUGUGCAAUUCAGAAGCAAGUGGACGUAAUUUAUGCGUCUUGCGUGAGCGCAGGUUUUACUUCAGCAGAGGUGUCCCGUGUUGCCCCAGUACCAAACAGAGCAGCCAGCUAUGGGCAAGAAGACACAGCAGCGGCCCGAUGAGGCAGAGGGGUCUUCAGAGGAGGAGGAAGAAUAUGUGGUGGAGAAAGUCCUGGACCGGAGGGUGGUGAAGGGGAGGGUGGAGUACUUUCUCAAGUGGAAAGGUUUUUCAGAAAAACAUAACACGUGGGAGCCAGAGAAAAACCUGGGUUGUCCCGAGCUCAUUGGGGCGUUCAUGAAGACGUACAAGAAGGGCGGGGAUGGAGAUGGUGCCCAGGCCAAUAGCGCUGCGUCGUCAGAAGGGCGGUCCUCUGGCACCAAGAGGAAGAACUCCAUUGACGAAGAGGAGGGAAUGAAGCCAAAGAAGAAAAAAGAGGAUGAACUGAUUGCAUGUGGGUUUGAGAGGGGGCUGGAGCCAGAGAAGAUCAUCGGUGCAACAGACUCCUGUGGGGAUCUCAUGUUCCUCAUGAAAUGGAAAGACUCUGACGAGGCGGACCUGGUGCUGGCAAAAGAGGCCAAUCUUAAGUGUCCGCAGAUCGUCAUUGCGUUCUACGAGGAGAGGCUCACCUGGCACGAAGAUGGAGACAAGAAAGAGAAGGACGCUGUUACAGCGUGAGGGUGGAGCUGCAGGCAGAGGGAGUGAAUGCGAUUGGUCCAAGCGCGUAACCUGCCCAGAGACGGACACGUGACAUUCUCACCUCCAGCCCUCUGGAAUGGAAAAGACUCAAAACUAGCCAACCGCAGGGGCUACUGCUCGCUUUACCAUAUCCAUUCCUUUCCGUCCCAUGCUCAGCCGUGUUGCAAGCAAUGUGAAGGGCCAGCCCUCCUUUUUUGUUGUGAGACCUACAAUAGAGGAAAGAAAAGACUUCAUGGUUUUUUUUUUUUUUUUUCAGAUGGUUGGGGUGGACAUUUACGAGAUGACUGAAGUUUUCACUGAUCUUGUCCUGUAAUCUCAUUCUUUCAUUUGAUGCCCAAGGAAUAGAUUGUGACUGUGUCUGAAUUUCACUGUGUGUGACCUUAGAGAAGCAAGCAGCAGUCUUGUUUUGGUAUACUUUAAUGGAUCUUUUAAUUGGGUGUAGAAAGGGACAUAUGGGGUGCUUGUGGCAUAUUGUCCCAGUGUAGACUGGUUUGGCAGUGAUUCUGGGAGAGUAUUGGCAAUCACACCUGGGGGAUAGAUUUGCUAUAGAUUUUAUUACUACUUCCUGUCUUAUGUACUAUACUGUUCCGAGAGCAUUUUCUUUCCCUGUCAGGUUUUUCUGAACAUUGCAAACUUCGAGAGCAAUGAAAGGCAUGCACACAAUUAUGCAUCAUAUUUCAAAUAGUGAAAUCUUCAUUUAACGUGCUUUAGGAAGAAAGGGCAAAUCCAGGCAAAUAUGGUCCAGUCAGGAAUUGGCUGGCCUAGUUCUGAAUUUUCAUGUUUGCAGGUGUCUGAAAGGUGCUAAUCGAGUCUUUGGUUCUCAAGGAAAGCAACACGUCACUGGGACUUGGGACUUCACAAAUUUUGGAUUGUUAAACUGGUCUUUCAGUAUGAAAACGGCCACAUCCAAGCCUGCAUUUGCCACGCCUCCUAAUAGCUUUUUCUAAAAGGGAGCCGAAAGUGUAUAUAAACUGGACAUAUAAUCUAUGGUGUAUGAGUGUACUGAGCAACUUUACACAUUUUGAAUAUCUAUGCGGUGUGUCACUUCAGGUUGUCGUAGAAUCCCUAUUUCUAUGACCGAUUCAACAGGGUUUUUAGAAAUAUAUGAUGUUGAUGAAUGAUGCUGAUUAGUAAAAUGCAUUCCUCUACCAAUAUGUAGUUUGAGUGUUGCCAUCGUUUUUCCAUUUUCUUAUGUGUACAUCUUCCUAUUAUCUUCUGUACCCUUUGACAUAUCUUUCAGACAUUUUACACUUUGUAUAUUGUAGUAAACCUCAUUUAUAACAGCAAAAUAAAUGUCAGUCUGUCAUUAA